UGAGAAACGAAGGAAGAUGAGAAGCAAAGGGAACCUUUCCCAGAGCAGCUAGCCCCUCGCAAAGAGAGAGAGAAAGAGAGAAAUAAAGAGAAAAAAAGAGAAAGAAAUAUAUAUAUAUAUAGAGAGAGAGAGAGAGAGACAGAGAGAAAGAGAGCGAGUGAAGGAACGAAGAAGAAGAAAAAGAGAAGUAGUUUAAUCGCACUUCUGUAAAAGGAAGAAAUAUUAAAAGCAAGAGACAAUAGAAUAAAGAGAGAAGAAAAAUAAAGAGAGAUAGUGUCGAUAGGUGGGAGGGUGUGCGCGCAUAAAAAAAAAAAGCCCAAGGAAAAGAGAUUGGCAGCCAUAUUUUCCCGACGUCGUCGUUUCAUUCUAUGGCCCAUGGUGCCGUUUUUACUUGGAAUCUUUAAAGCUGCUGCUCGUCAGCGACCUCGACGAGCCAACGGAUUCGCGCCGCCGCCGUGUAGAAAUUUAAAGAGAACGGCCGAGGAUAGGAGUUAGUGUAAGAGCUCUGAUAGAUAAAGACGGACGGGCAAAGAGAGAGAAAAAGUAGAAGGAGAAGAGAAGGAUAGAAGGAGAGAUAACGAUAAGUUAUCGGACGCUAAUGAUACGGCGUGGCGGCCGGAGAGAGUGUCGAGUGUGCGUGUAAACGGUGGCUAGAAGAGCGCGAGAAUCAAUGGACGUAUUUUCGUCUUGUUUUUUGGAAAAGAACAAGAAAAAAGAAAGAAAUUAAAAGAAAAGACGAAGUUCAAAGUUGGAAAAUAAAAUAUUUACUAUUACGUGUUACGUUAUCUAUGAUAUUCUAACGGCUAACGAGGGGAAAGAGACGGCAAGACAGUCGCGACAUUCUUGUGAGAACAACGACGACGACGACGACGACGACGGAGAAGAGGCCUUCGAUCUUACGAAGAAUUUCAUUUGAUUCUUCGUGAUUCAUAAUUCCUCGUUAUUAUCAUCGUCAUCGUCAUCAUCAUCAUCGUCAUCUUCUUUUUCUUCAUCUUCCUUCUCUUCUUCUACGUCGAUAGGCUACCCGUGAAAACGGAAAUCUUUGGUAUAUCUCUCACAUCGCACACAGUCACGCGAUACCGCGUACAUCAGCUCCACGAGAUGGAGAGACGAGCUGCUUUUGUGCUCCUUGGAAUGCUAUAUUUAGCGGGCACCCUCGAGUCGGUCCAGGCAGUGAUCUAUUCGGGACCGACGAUCGUACACAAGGGUCAACCUUGGAGUAUCGAAUGCAGCGGCCUCCAGCCGGACGAUAACAUUAGGUGGACCAGAAACGGUCAGACUCUCGAGCCGGAGUUGGCGAGCGGUCAAUUGAUCGUCCGUCCGAAGGCCAAGACCGGAGGAAGCGAGCUAGCAGCGAUUCAGGCCACGGAGUUCCACGAAGGCGACUACAAGUGCACGCCCGACAGCUCCGAUGCUUUUCAUCUAUCUCUAUAUUUCGACGUGAAGAUUCGAGUACUUACACAAAAGGAGACACCCCUUUCGUUGGAGUGCGGUAAUCGAAGCACCGGAGAUAAAGCAAUAUGGUAUAAGGAAAAAAUGCCGAUAUUGACAACAAUGGUUGGUAAAGAGGACCUCAUCAAGAUAGACAACGAGACUGGUACCCUGGAUGUAUUAAAGAUUGACGAUAUUAUCGUUUAUGGAAAUUAUUCUUGCAAAGUAGGAAAUACCUCGACUGACUACAGGAUCGUACCUAAACCUACCGUUGUCUUACCCGAAUCGACUAGCGUUGUCGAAGGUGAAAAAUUGCUUUUAGUAUGUAACGGUAAACACAGUCCAGGUGUCAAGAUUAUAUGGACGUUUGGAAAUCAAAAUUACACCGCCAGCAAGGGUAGAGUAAAGAUUUCGCAAGACCAAGAGAGAGGAAUUUACGGUGCCGUAUUGACGGUAGAAAACAUCGAGAUGAACGAUCGCGGUAUUAUCCACUGCAGGGUGUCUUAUAAUUGGUCCGACCCGGUGGAGGGUCAUUCGGCGCAAGCUGUCACUUUACUUAGGGUCAAGGACAAGCUCGCCGCACUUUGGCCUUUCCUUGGUAUCUGCGGUGAGGUCGUCGUACUUUGCGCCAUUAUUCUUGUUUAUGAAAAGAAACGAAAUAAGGCCGAGCUUGACGAGUCCGAUACCGAGCAGAGUCCCGACACUAAACCAACGCCUAACAAGGAUUCCGAUGUCAGGCAGAGAAAGUGAAGAGUCAGAAUUUAAGCGGCGGAAGAACGAGCGCGAUGCAUAUACAUAUAUACCAAGAGAAAAACAAAUUGAGAUAAGGAAAACGAAACGUGGUAUUUAAUGGAGUGACAACUUAAAACCAGCCCGUAAUACUUAGCGAAUAUGGAUCUUCAUCAAGGAAGAAAAAUAAAGAUAAAGAUUGAUAGAUAAAGGUAGAAAGAGAGAGAUAGAUAGAUAAAGAGAGAGAGAGAGAGAGAGAGAGAGAGAGAGAGAGAGAGAGAGA